GGCGGGACGUGGGGCAGGAACAUUCUGGACACCAUUGGGAAGGGACGGAGUGAUGGCAGGGCUGAAGACGGCAAGUGGGGAGGACAUUGACGGCUCCUUUGAGCUGCAGGUGGAGGUGGAGGAGGGAGGUGCCAUGGGGCAGGGAGAUGCCACAGGGCAGGGAGAUGCUGUGGGGCAGCCCAGCCCCCCAGCAGCUCUCCGCAUCCUUGCCCUCCGUGUCACCGGGGACCUGCACAUUGGUGGCCUCAUGCGCCUCAUCGUGGAGACCAUUGGGGAGGCCCGGGACUGGUCGGACCACGCGCUGUGGUGGGUGCAGCAGCGGAGGUGGCUGCUGCCCCCCGGGCCCCCCCUGGACGCGCUGGGUGUCGGGGGGGGCUCCCGGCUCCGCUUUGCCCCCCGGCACCGCCCGCUGCGGCUGCGGCUCCCGGGCGGGCACGUCCUGCGGCUGCACCUCGACUUCGCCAGGACCCCCGGGCGGGGGGUGGCACGGGUCUGCAGUCUGCUCGGGAUCCGAAACCCCGAGGAACUUUCGCUGCUGCGUCCGGAGGAGGAGGGGGGAGGGGAGGGGCGGGGGCGGAAGGGCCGCGCCCCCGCCCAGGUCCCCCCCGACCUGGACCUGACGCACCUGCGGCCAAGGGCAGAUGAGGCCCCUCCCCCUGCGCUGCCCCCCGAGCAGCUCCGGGUUCUGGUGACCCCCCGGGGGGGGAGGGACCCCCCAACCUUCCCCCGGACCAGGCGCGGGAACCUCCUCCUGCGGCGCGCGCAGCUGCACGCGCGGUGGCUGGACGCCUCGCGGUCCCUGAUGGAACAGGACGUGGUGGACGACGAGGAGCUGCUGCUGCGCUUCAAAUACCCCUGUGCCAUGGGGCUGGACCCCCAGGAGGGCGGGCUGCGCAUUGCGCUGCUGCAUGAGCAGGCACGCGGGGCCCUCCUGGCAGAGGAGAUCGACUGUACCGAGGAGGAGAUGCUGCUCUUUGCUGCCCUCCAGUACCAGAUAGAUGGGGCAGAGGGGGGUGAUGGGGCCCCCAAGGGCCCCCUCGAGCCCCAGGACCUGGACACAGCCCUGGACAAACUGGAGCUGAGCCUGGAGGAGGAAGGGACCGCCAUCCUGCCAGAGGAGCUUGGAGCUGCCCCUGAGCUGGUGGAGGAGCUGGAGAUCUACAGGUCCUCCCGCUGGCCGUUCUGGGGGUCCCGACCUGCCCGGGCCGUGCUCUCGGGGUCAUCACUGUCACUCUGGAGCCUCCCGAGAUCGGGGGGGCCCCCACAGCAGCUCAACCUCCGCGGCUGUGAGGUGACCCCUGACAUGGAUUUGGGGGCGCAGAAGUUUUACAUCAAACUGCGGGUGCCGACACCGGAGGGAAUGAGCGAGACCCUCCUGCGCUGCCGUGAUGCCCCCCAGUGUGCCCGUUGGGUCGCCGGGUGCCGCUUGGCCUCGCGUGGGGGGUCCCUGUCGGCCACAUCGCUCGGGGCGGAGGCUCAGGGGGUCCUGGGGGUCCAGCCAGGGAGGGAAGACCCCACUGUGCCUCCCUGGGCCCUCUCACGCCCACCCCCAGAUCCGCAGCAGCUGUUGCCCCCCCGCUUCCAGCGCAAGUUCAAGGCCAAGCAGCUCACCCCCCGUCUGCUGGAGGUUCUGCACCGUGUGGGGGCACUGACCCCAGGCCAGGCCCGGCUGCGCUUCGUGGAGGCCUGGAGGGCCCUGCCGGAGUUCGGGCUGGGGCACUUCGUGGUGAGGUUCCAGGGUGCCAGGCGUGAUGAGAUUUUGGCUGUGGGCCCCUCACAGCUGCUCCGCAUCGAUCCUGGCUCUGGCACCAUCACCCGCAGCUGGAGGCACAGUGACCUGCGCCAGUGGGACGUCAACUGGGACAGCCAGCAGGUGCGGCUGUGGCUGACUGGGGACGUGACGCUGGGGCUGCGGGUGCUCUCGGCAGCCCCCCGGGUGCUGCACCAGUUCCUGGGGGGGUAUCUGGUGCUAGGGGGGCAGCGGCCAGGGCAGCCCCCAGACCCUGAUGUGCUGAGGCGGCUGAUGGAAGGGGGGGAUGACCCCUGAUGCCCCCAAGCCCCAUGCAAGAGUGGCCUCAUGCAAAUGCCCCCAUCCCACUGUUGGCAUAAGCCUCAACUCCCCCAAUCCCUGUUCCUCCCACAGCAGUUGUGCACCCUCCCUCCCUCCUCCUGCUGUGCAAGGCACUUGUGCAAGGCUUGUGCAACACUGGUGUGAUGGAGCUGAACGUGCUUACUGUGCUCAACAGAAUGGUGG